GCACAACAGCAAUAGAUCACUACAUCUACCUUACUACUUAGACAUAAUCAUAAUCACAUCAUGUCAUCAACACCAGACCCGGCCAACGGCCAGUCCCAUCGUGCCCUAUACAGGACAGAAACAAGACAAUCCCUCGAGAACCGCGGGAUAUCAGAAAAAGCACCUCCAACAGACUACAACUACCCCGAUGUCGGACGAGAAGAAAACCCCGUUUUCCCAGAGGAAUAUACCGUCGAGACCAACACUGGCCUUGUCCCCGAAAGAACGCUCGAACAGAUGCGCUCCCGCACAUACUCACAUCACACAUCCAGCUCCGACAUCGAAAAAGCCAAAGAGCCAGCAGAAUUUGUGACCUUCACCAUCAAUGAUCCCGAAAACCCCUUCAACUGGUCCCGCACGUACCGCUGGUACGUCACAAUGAUCGCCUCCCUUCUCGUCGUCUGCAUCGCCUACGGCUCCUCCAUCGUCACCGGCGGCCUCGGCCUCAUCGAAGAGAAAUACCACGUUUCUCUCGAAGUCGCAACGCUCACCUGCUCCAUCAUGGUCUGCGGCUUCGCAGUCGGCCCUCUCCUCUGGUCGCCUCUCUCCGAGAUCAUCGGCCGCCGUCCCGUCUACAUCAUCUCCCUCGCCCUCUACACCAUCUUCAACAUCCCCUGCGCCCUCUCUCCCAACAUCGGCGGCCUCCUCGUCUGCCGCUUCCUCUGCGGCGUCUUCUCCAGCUCCGGCCUCUCUCUCGCCGGCGGCACCAUCGCCGACAUUUGGAACCUCGAAGACCGCGGCAUGGCCAUCGCCUUCUUCGCCGCUGCCCCUUACUGCGGACCCGUCAUCGGCCCCAUCGUCUGCGGCUGGAUCACCGUCGGCUCCCACCGUCUCGACCUCUUCUUCUGGACCAACAUGGCCUUCUGCGGCGUCAUAAUGAUCCUCGUCGGUCUCAUCCCAGAAACCUAUGCCCCCGUGAUCUUGAAACGCCGCGCCGCCCGUCUCCGCAAAGAGACCGGAAACCCCAACAUCAUCACCGAGCAGGAGAAACACAAACUCACUCUGCACGAUAUCAUCCGCACCAGUCUCAUCCGCCCUAUCACCAUGAUCCUCACCGAACCCGUCCUCGACCUCAUGUGCAUGUACAUUGUGCUCAUCUACAGCAUGCUCUACGCCUUCUUCUUCGCCUACCCGGUCAUCUUCGGAAAACUGUACAACUACAACGACGGCCAGAUCGGUCUGAUGUUCAUCCCUAUUCUCAUCGGCGCGGGCUUCUCCCUCCUCUUUACUCCACUUGUCGAGAAACACUUCCACCGGAUAUGUCUCUCUCGUUCGCCAACCCCGGAAGAUAGACUCAUUGGUGCGCUGAUUGGCGCGCCGUUCGUGCCUAUCUCCCUGUUUAUCCUGGGUGCUACGUCCUAUAAACAUAUCAUCUGGGUUGGGCCGGCCUCGUCGGGAAUUGCGUUUGGGUUUGGCAUGGUGCUGUGCUAUUAUGCGGUCAAUAACUACAUCAUUGAUAGUUAUCAGAAGUAUGCGGCUUCGGCGCUGGCUGCGAAGGUUUUCUUGAGAUCCGGGGGAGGUGCGGCAUUCCCGCUGUUCAUUACCCAGAUGUAUGAUCGGUUGGGGUUGCAGUGGGCGUCGUGGUUGUUGGCGUUUAUUGGGGUGGGAAUGGUGUUCAUUCCGUAUGUGUUUUACUUGUUUGGCGCGAGGCUGAGGGGGAAGUUGGGAAGGAAGGAGUAGAUUUGGGGAUAGAGGGUAGAUGGGUAUGUGGUGGUAAUGAUAGAUGAUAGAUU